CUGACCACAGUGUUUGACCAUUAUUGAUCCAUUAAUUAUGUCCGAUAAUAUAAACUACAAUGCGGAUGAGCUGGAAGCACCCGCCUGGCUAGACGAGCAAUUCCUCUGGGAUGCGCUAGUGAAGCACUUUAAGGAGCCCAGUCUAAUAGUGACCGAUUCAGAGAUAUCCCCGGCGAGUGCUAGAGGAGAUCACUAUGCGAGUGUCAUGUUCCGGGUCCAUGUUGAGUAUUCGAUACAAAAGAGAAAGUUUUCCAAGUCGUUGAUUAUUAAGACAAUGCCUGAGGCCGAGGGACACAAGAAGGAGUUUCUGGCCGACUCGAAGAUAUUCCAAACGGAGAUUGCGAUGUUCACUCAAGUGCUGCCCAAGUUCAGGGCAAUUCUUCGUGAGGCGGGGGAGGAGAUUAAAUUUUGUGCGACCUGCGUCUAUCACACCUUGCACCCGAAGCAGGUGAUGAUUUUUGAGGACCUGUUGCCCCAGGGCUACUACGUAAUCCGGAACAGAUUUGCCAACACAGACGAGCUUCGAUCGGUGCUCGGAAAACUUGCCAAAUGGCAGGCGGUUAGCUUCAAGCUAUUGAAGGAUCAGCCCGAAAUAUUUGAUGAGCUGCAGUUUGAUUUAACGACCAUACCAAACUUUUUGGAGCAGGACUUUAUGAAGGACGCCUUGCCUAAUUUCAUAGACAUGAUCAGUCAGGAGGAAAAUCUGAAAGAGUAUCGCAAAUACUUUGAGCCCAUGCGAGAAAACCUUCUUCUCCGCUGGCAAGACGUGAUUCGGGAGUAUCGCGAGAAUCGACAGGCCAACGCGUAUUAUGUGCUAUGCCACGGCGACUUUCAUAUCCGAAACAUGAUGUUCAACAAGGACAGCGACUGCAUGCUUCUCGACUUCCAGCUGUCCUACAUUGGAUCCAUAGCCAACGACUUGCACUACGCCAAAUAUAUGCUGUUGAGUCCCAAUGACCGAAAGGAUAGCUGCGAUGCUCUGCUCUACUACUACUUCGAUACCUUCGUCAGGACUUUGUCAAAAAUCGGAUAUCAAGGAGAGAUGCCCAGGUUAACAGAGUUUCGAAAACAGAUUUUCGAUAGGAGGUACAGCGAUAUAAUGUUGUUCACCAUAUUUUUGCCCGGAGCUUAUAGCAUGCGUAGGGGCGACGAUCCUGGCAAACUGCUACAGGAUAAAAGUCUACUCAAGCAGUUGUAUCAGGAUAAGGAUUACAAACAAGAACUGGAAUAUCUUUUGCCUCGAAUGCUGCAUUUGGGAUAUUUUGACCUGCAGAAAGAAAAAUAA